AUGGCCUCAGAGAUUCACAUGCCCGACCCAGUGUGCCUCAUUGAGAACAUUAAUGAGGAACUGACGGCUAAUCCCGAAGCCUUGAAGAUCCUGUCUGCCAUUAAGCAGCCUCUUGUGGUGGUGGCUAUUGUCGGUCUCUACCGAACAGGCAAAUCCUAUUUGAUGAAUAAGCUAGCUGGGAAGACACAGGGGUUCUCUGUUGGAUCCACAGUGCAAUCUCACACCAAGGGAAUCUGGAUGUGGUGUGUGCCUCACCCCAAGGAGCCAAACCAGACCCUAGUUCUGCUUGACACCGAAGGCCUGGGUGACGUAGAGAAGGUUGAUGAGAAGAAUGAUACCAAGAUCUUUGCUCUGGCAAUUCUACUGAGCAGCACUGUUGUAUACAAUACAAUGAACAAAAUCGACCAGGAGGCUAUGGACCUAUUGCACAAUGUGACAGAACUGACAAAUCUACUGAGGGCAAGAUCCUCACCUGAUCCUGAUAAGACUGAAGAUGCAGCUGAUUUUGUGAACUUCUUUCCGGACUUAGUGUGGACUCUUAGAGAUUUCUUCCUAGAGCUGAAAAUAGAAGGGAAAGCCAUUACAGUAGAUGAAUACCUGGAGAAUUCACUACGCCUAAAGGAAGGUACUGAUGAAAGUGCUAAAAAAUUCAACUUGCCCCGUCUGUGUAUACAGAAGUUCUUUCCAACAAAAAAAUGCUUUAUCUUUGAAUUGCCCACUAAUUGGAAGAAGCUUGGCCAACUCAAAAGUUUACAUGAUGAUGAGCUGGAACCUAUAUUUGUACAACAAGUUGAAGAAUUCUGUUCCUACAUCUUCAAUCAUUCCAAGGUCAAGACUCUUCCAGGAGACAUCAAGGUCAAUGGACCUUGCUUAGAGGAAUUGGUGCAGACCUACGUCAAUGCCAUUAGCAGUGGUCUUCUGCCCUGCAUGGAUAAUGCAGUCUUGACCUUGGCUCAGACAGAAAACAUGGCUGCAGUGCAAAAGGCCAUUGCUCACUAUGACCAGCAGAUGGGUCAGAAGGUACAGCUGCCCACAGAUACCCUCCAGGAGCUGCUGGACCUGCACAAGGCCACACAGAAAGAGGCCAUGGAAGUUUUCAUGAAGAGCUCCUUCAAAGAUGAGGACCAAAAGUUCCAGAAGGAAUUAGAGACCCAGCUAGAAGCAAAGCGUGAGGAGUUUUGUAAGCAGAAUCUUCAAGCUUCAUCUGAUCGUUGCUCAGCUUUACUUCAGGAUAUUUUCAGUCCUCUAGAAGAAGAAGUGAAUCAGGGAAUUUAUGCUAAACCAGGGGGGCAUCGUCUCUACAUUCAGAAAAUACAAAGUCUAACUGAUAAUUACUAUCAGAUGCCCAGGAAGGGAAUACAGGCUGAGGAAACUCUGCAGAAAUAUUUACUCUCUAAGGAGUCUGUGGGUGAUGCAAUUCUACAGACUGACAUGACCCUCACAGCAAAGGAAAAGGAGUUGGAAGAGGAACGUUUGAAAGCUGAAGCUGCACAGGCUGAAGCACGAAGGCUUGCAGCGAUUCAAAGACAGAAUGAGCUAAGGAUGAAGGAGACGGAGAGGCUCCAUCAGGAACAAAUAAGACAGAUGGAGAGGGACAAAGCAAACAUGCUGGCCGAGCAAAGAAGGGCCCAAGAGCGUCAAAUACAGGAAGAAGCUCGAAGGGUUCAGGCGAGACUCCAAGCUGAAAACUUGAGACUUCAAAAUCAGCUUCAGAAUCUUCAUAGGACUGCUAGGUCAUCAAAUGAUCCAUGUGUCGUUCUGUGA